AUGAGCGAGUCUCUUACAUCCCGCUUUGCCAAGCUGAACCCCCUCGCCAAGGCGCGCCCGGGCGUUUACGAUGAGGACGCAGGCGAGGAGAUUGACAACACCACCGUCGCGGGCGGCGGCCACGGUGCUCGGCAGUCGUCCAACACCAAAAACCAACUGAAGAUCAGCCGCGCAAUCAAGUCGUUUCUUGUUCACGAGUACGUCGUAUCCGAGGAGGAUGCGGCUUUUGACUCCGACGAGCCGAGUGAGGCGCUGCGGGUACUCCUCGACAAGCCACACAUCCAAGUGCCACCAGAGGUGACCGACAGGUCACACCCACUUCCCGAAUACUAUAUCAGCUCAAGCCAUAAUACGUACCUGCUUGGCCACCAGCUUCGCGGGGAGUCUUCCGCUUCGGCGUAUGAGAUCGCACUCAGCACCGGUUCUCGCUGCGUUGAGAUCGACGCCUGGGAUGACGAGGCCAACAGAGAGGAACCCAAGGUCACUCACGGGUACACAUUGGUAUCUAACAUCCCGUUUCAUGCUGUCUGCGGGACGAUACGCGAUGUGGUCGACAGGGAAGCAGCGGAGUCAGUGAACAAGCAAGGCUACCGGGCCGCACCUAUCAUGCUAUCAUUGGAGAACCAUUGCGAUGCCCACGGGCAACUACGCCUUGCGCAGAUCAUGAGAGAAGUCUGGGGAGACCGCCUCUUGAGCAGAGCUGUCAGAGAGAUGGGCCACGAGGAGCAAGCAACUGGCUACGAGCAAGUACGCCUAGACGACCUUGGCUCCAAGAUUGUCGUCAUUGUGGAAUAUCACCUACCGGAAGAGGCCGAUAUCAGUGAUAGCAGCAGCGACAGCUCCAGCGACGAAGAGGAGGAGAAAAAGGAAGCCCGUGCUGCAUACAAGGCUAAGAAGAAGACGGCAGCGAAGGGUGCCAUCAUCCCCGAGCUCGCAGAACUGGGAGUCUAUGCUCAGUCUGUAAAGCCCAAGGAUAACUCCUGGUUCGAGGAUGUGCUGCCGAAUGGACCCCACCACCAUCUCAUCAAUGUAUCGGAGACGGGACUUGCUGCACAUAUGCCUGCCGCCAGCGAGAAGAUCGCUCGACAUAACUCCAAGUACCUCAUGCGGGUGUUCCCCAAGGGCACCCGAAUAUCGUCUAAGAACCUGCAGCAAGUGCCGUACUGGGGAAUCGGAGCACAGAUAUGUGCCAUGAACUGGCAAACAUUCGGCGCAAGUAUGCAGCUCAACGAGGCACUCUUCAGCGGCACCGAAGGAUAUGUGCGGAAGCCUGCACCUUUGCGAGCAGGAGGUGACGGCAAGCUCAAUACUGGGCGAAAGAGGAAGCUCAUCCUGCACGUCGCCGGUGCGUCAGGGGUCCCGGUCACCGAGGGCCACGACGAAGACGAGAUCAGGCCGUACGUCACCUGCUCGCUCGUGCACCCAGAUGACCUUAAUGGCGAGCACCAGAAGCGCAAGACGGCGCCCUACAAGCAGCACAAGCUCGGCUUCAUGCACCGUGGCGAUAAUCCACCGAGAACCGAUCCCAUCUGGGACGAGAAGCUGGAGUGGGAGUACGACGACAACGAGCUCGUGUUCCUGCGCAUGCUCAUCAAGAGCGACGUCAGCUUCGCCGCCAACCCGAUCUUUGCCGUCGCUGCGGUUCGCCUGCUGUACGUGACGCCUGAGUGGAGCUUCAUCCGCAUGCUGGACCUCAAGGGCCGGGAGACUAGGUGUUCUCUGCUUGUCAAGUUCUCCUUUGAGGACAUUUGA